UUGAAUAAUUUCAGACCACCGGGGAUAUUUUUUACUUUCAUAUAAAACAACGCAUAUAGCAAAGCAAAAUCAUAACGGCUUCUAACUGUCACCACAAAAUUUUUAACUGUCACUCUCUCACUCCUUCCAACCUCAAUAACUCUCCCACCAAUCAAAAUUAAAAAUCCCAACCAUACACACAAUCUCUCUCCAUAAUAAAAUAAUAUUUGCUAGAUUUUUAUUUUUUAUUUUUCUUCAUAAAAAAACCAAAUCCAACCAACUGCAAACCAAACAACUAAAAAUCAUUUCCCAAAUUUCAAUGCCUUCCUCUUCCUCGUCCUUUUCUCUUCCAGAAAUGUUUGCCAGAAAAACAUCUCCUUUUCUCCAGAAGUUCCAAUUUCACCCCUUUUACUUUCGCCAUACUAAUCACAAUUCCUUCAAAUUCCGUUGCCUUCUCGACGAAAUUGCCCCCAAAUUUGUCGUCUCCUCCUCCCUCGCUUCCGUUUUCCCUACCGGCAACAUCAUCGCUGCUGCUACCGCCGCUUCCUCUGGUACUACCUCCGUCCAUGGCGCAGUGUCGUCUGCUAUUACUCAAGUUGCUGUCACCGCAGUCGCUAUUGCUUCCGGUGCUUGCCUCUCCACUAAGGUUGAUUUUUUGUGGCCUAAAGUGGAAGAACAACCAGGUUCUUUUAUAGUAGACGGAGUGGAUGUGACUGGUUGUAGUAUAUUUAGUGAUGCAGAGGUGCAAAAGGCUAUUGCUUUUGCUAAGAAGGCUCAUCAUGGGCAGUUCAGGAAAACAGGAGAGCCUUAUUUGACUCAUUGUAUACAUACUGGAAGAAUCCUGGCAAUGCUGGUUCCCUCAACUGGCAAAAGGGCUGUGGAUACAGUUGUGGCUGGGAUUCUUCAUGAUGUGGUGGACGAUACUCAUGAAAAUUUACAGAGUAUAGAAAAGGAGUUUGGUGAACAUGUUGUGAAAUUGGUAGCUGGUGUUUCCAGAUUGAGUUAUAUAAAUCAGUUGCUACGGAGACAUCGAAGGAUAAAUGUGAACCAGAGCACCCUUGGUCAGGAAGAGGCAAAUAAUUUACGAGUUAUGCUCUUGGGCAUGGUUGAUGAUCCACGGGUGGUGCUGAUCAAGCUUGCAGACCGCCUUCACAACAUGAGGACCAUUUAUGCUUUGCCACCACAGAAGGCUCAAGCUGUUGCGCAGGAGACCUUACUUAUUUGGUGCUCACUUGCUUCAAGAUUGGGUUUAUGGGCUUUGAAGGCUGAAUUAGAAGAUUUAUGCUUUGCAGUACUUCAGCCUCAAUUGUUUCGGAAGAUGCGAGCUGAUCUGGCUUCCAUGUGGAGCACUAGCAACAGAGCUGGAUAUCCAAGAAAAAUGUCUAACAAAUAUGGCUUGAUACCUCUAGAUGAGAAAAAUUUGACUCCUGAUGGCGGAGAUACUUUAGCUUUUGAUGAAGACGUCUCAACAAUGAAGGAUCUCCUGGAAGCUGUAGUGCCUUUUGAUGUCUUGUUAGAUCGGAAAAAAGGGGCUAUAUUUAUUAAUAUUCUUGGUAAAACAUCAGAGACUCAAAGAGUAUCAAAGGUUGUUCAAGAUGCUGGAAUCGCUCUAGCUUCUCUAAUUGCUUGUGAGGAAGCACUUGAGAAGGAGCUAUUUAUAUCUACUUCUUAUGUUCCAGGGAUGGAAGUGACUUUAUCUAGUCGACUUAAAAGCUUGUAUAGUAUCUACAGCAAGAUGAAACGGAAAGAUGUGGAUAUCAAUAAAGUAUAUGAUGCCCGUGCAUUGAGGGUAGUUGUUGGAGACAAGAAUGGUACUUUACAUGGACCUGCAAUUCAGUGUUGUUACAGUCUUCUCAACAUAGUGCAUAGGCUGUGGACCCCCAUUGAUGGUGAAUUUGAUGAUUACAUUGUUAACCCAAAGCCCAGUGGAUAUCAGUCUCUGCACACAGCAGUACAAGGUCCUGAUAGUGCGCCGUUGGAAGUCCAGAUAAGAACACAGAAAAUGCAUGAAUACGCUGAGCAUGGACUUGCUGCACACUGGCUUUAUAAAGAAACUGGAAACGAGUUGCCUCCUGUAAACAGCAUGGAUGAAUCUGAAACAGAAGCAUCUUCCUGUCUCUCCAAAGACAUUGAAGAUCAUAAUUCCUUAGAACGAGAUCAAUUUCAGAAAUACAGAUACCUGAAAGUGGGACAUCCGGUCCUUAGAGUUGAAGGAAGUCACUUACUUGCUGCUGUUGUAAUCAGAGUAGACAAGGGUGGAAGAGAAUUGUUAGUGGCUGUGAGCUUUGGAUUGGCAGCUUCUGAAGCAGUAGCUGACAGAAGAUCUCCUUUCCAAAUAAAGCGGUGGGAAGCUUAUGCAAGAUUGUAUAAAAAGGUUUCAGAUGAAUGGUGGUUUGAGCCGGGACAUGGGGAUUGGUGUACUUGUCUUGAGAAGUAUACGCUAUGUCGAGAUGGAAUGUAUCAUAAGCAAGAUCAAUUUGAGCGCCUGUUGCCAACCUUCAUUCAGGUUAUCGACCUAACGAAGCAAGAAGAAUCUGAAUAUUGGGCUGUUGUAGCUGCUGUUUUUGAGGGCAAAUCUAUUGAUUCUGUUACAUCCAGGUCGAACAUAGAUUCUGUUGCUUCCAAUUCUAUUGAAGCUAGCAUCAACAAUAAGGUCCGACUAUUAAGGACAAUGCUUAGGUGGGAGGAACAACUACUCUCUGAAGCGAAUCUUGGACAACAAAAGUAUGAUAGAAAAUCUAAUAGCAGCCCUGAUUCUGUUGUUCUUGGUGAAGUGGUAAUCAUUUGUUGGCCUUGUGGCGAAAUAAUGAGAUUAAGGACUGGUAGCACUGCUGCUGAUGCUGCUAGAAGAGUAGGACUUGACGGCAGGCUGGUUUUGGUGAAUGGUCAGCUUGUAUUACCAAAUACCGAGCUCAAAGACGGUGAUGUGGUCGAAGUUAGAGUGUAAAUACACUCCUCAAAGCGCAAUCGAUUAGCAUAGAUAACAGGUACUUUACAGUUCAUUGCCAUUUUAAUUACCACAUCUGAUAGAAGGGUCUUUAACAUGCAUAGUCCAAUUGAAGAACUUAGGCCUUCCAUUCAGUUUGAUGUUGUAAAUUUUCUUUGAACAUUGCAUUGAUGUAAAUAUUAGCAAAUUUUAUAGCAAUUAGAUGGAAAUUUUGUGAUUUAUCUA